UUCAUAGUCAUCUGCAUUCUGCUUUAACAUCUGAGGAUGCUGAUUGUUGUAGUUUACACCAGCAGCUUACACUGUCCUCCUAUCCUAGACACACCUAUAAGCUAGUAUCAACUUACACCAUACUCAUCAUAUUCAUGUGCUAUUGACAUAAAUACUGGAGCUGUAAUCCACCAGCUUACCUGUAUUCCUCUCUCCCUCUCCCCCAGCAGCAUGAUGGAUGAGCUGGUGCAUGACCUGGUGUCAGCCCUGGAGCAGACCUCAGAGCAGGCCAAGCUCCAAGCUCUCCUCCCAGAGCAGAGGAGCUCUGGGAGGAGAUGCAACCACUCAUGGCCUGAGUAGGACUCCUUCACAGAGAACACCCUGGAACGGCCAUUUAAGAGGAGGCGGAUGGUCAAACGCAUGACCUCAGACGUGACGGUCAGCCUGCAGCAGAAGUUGACGGUGUCAGGAGUGGAUAGCGAGUGGAGUGGGAACCACAACCCUCUGUGACCGUUACCUGUUUAUCCCAUUGACAUGGUGCCAGACAGCUCCCAUCGGAGAUGCUCCUCUUCCAUCUGCAAAACCAGUUAGGAGCACCGCACAGCACUCAUUAUUGGCGGCAUGGUUAGACUCCGCCUCUUCUGGGCCAAUUGGAGCCAUUGAGCCCAUUCCCUUCUGAAGCUCAAUAUAUUGACAGACAUGGUUAACUCUCCUAAAUGAACCAGUCACUAAACACAGAUUUUGUUAUAACCAAUGCAUGCUACAUCAAAGUUUGUACCUCAAGAGACGUGUGUUCAAUGUCUGUGAGGUUUAGAACAUUGACCAACUCCUCAGAGACAGAAUCUCAAAGCGAGACCUUAUGACCUCCAGACUCGGGUGUUCAUGUAGAUCACAUCACAUCAAGCAGCGUAAAGUUGUGCGUUCUGCUUUGUUGCUGUUGGUGUGGGCUCUCCUGGUCUUUAGUGCAUGAGAGGGAAUGGUCCCACAGAGAAGGUCAUGUUAGGAUGAGGACAUGGGUAAGGCUGUAGAAACACUUAUUAACUUUUGUGAUAUUAGCCACGUCCCCAUCACAGCCUCCUGUGGAAGACUAGCUAGCACAGUCAGGUAUAUGGGGCAAGCUUGACCUGCGUUUAUACUACAGACAUCUCUGCAGUUGGAUAUACGACUCCAAUGAAUAAUAACUGCUGUAUUUUCCAAGGUUGUCUUUCUCAAACAUAGAAUAUAUUCAUGUAGAAUCUUUGAAUUCCAGUGUUUCUGAGAAUGCAAAAAAAUAUAAAUAAAUGCAGAAGUUUUUCUAAAGAGUUUUUCUCAAAGCAUCCAAGUCAGUUCCUGUACGGUUGGAUCUGCAUGGGGAUUGUUGAGGAGCUGAACAGCCCUCAGCCUGGGACUCUUCCUUAUAUUGUUUCCAGUUCCACAGUGCCUAUUUACAGAGCAUUUUUCAUUCUGUUUCAAGCCCUCUCUCUCUCUCUCUCUCUCCUGGGCUAGUUCAGAAAGCCCUCCACCAUUCCUUGAUGAGGGGCAAAAACACGACUGCUAUGAAAAGGCUAAACUUCUUAGAGCUUUCUUUUCUUAACUGGUCCUUUCUUCUCCACCUGAAAGGUUCCUUCAGAUUCCAGUUUGAGGCAUUGUGAAUACUAAUUUCUAUCUAUUAAAAAGCCCUCAUAUCCCUGGCAUGCUCUCAUUUAAAUGCAGUCUCAGGGGAACCCUCUUAAUUCCUUUAUAGAGGGAUUGAAGACCCUUCACUUCAAAAAGUAUAAAUCAUACUCCCAAAUGAACGAGGGAGAGAGGGGGAUUGACGAGUGGUGCUUCUGAUGUGUCCCGUCGGAUGGCACAAGCCUGAAUCCAUCUCCCCAAGCUGCUCAAAUCCAUCCUCCGGUGAGACGGCGUCUCUGUCCUACUGCUCUCCGGCCCCCAAACUGUCCAGACUUACCCCCUGUCCACACCCCUAACCAAGUCACCCAGCACAUACAUUACACACGCUUACCAAUGCAGAUGCAUGCAGGCACACACACAUUCACUUACAUAAACGUCAUCAAUAUUCUUAUAUAGUGCAUCAGCAUUGGUACUAAAAGGGUGGAGAUAUAUAGUGCUGUGUCUCUCUAGCAGAGAGCAUCGAUACUCAGAGUCAGUAACUGUAUUAUGUAACACAUGUAACAAUUGCCUUCAGUAUGUUUAUUUAGAUUUUUGAAUGAUCCAUUUUUAUCAAUGAGCUCUCAUGUGUCUAUAUGUUUUCUUUGUUUCAAAAUACCCUUGAAAGAAAAGUGUUUUGUUCUGUAAGGAAAGUAUAAACAUUAAUCUUGUACCUUGCAGAGGUUGAAAUGAUGCUGGAUUAAUAAAACCUGUCAUCUCCUGUUUAGGGAGAGUUGAUGGCAACAAUCAGGGAUUUGAUAUGAAGUGCUAAAAGGCUCUAUGUGGUUCCAUGUUAUGUGUCCUUGUACUGUUUGGUCGUGUGAAUGGGCACUAUGCACAGUGGAACUUAAAUCUGAGACUCUGGGAUGGUGGCCAUGUUAAAAUGCAUAACUGCCUCCCACCUGUGCCGGGCCACACUCAGGUUAUAUAUAUUGACUUAUUUAUUUCUAAAUGACAUUUGCGCCGCAAGAUAAAUCAUAGUCUUACGCCAUUCCUCUCCCAGUUUUGAUUUUAAUUGUGAGAUCUCGGUGUCAGCAGUAAGUAUAUUGGUGUGAGUGGCCUAUUGAUUAUUGAUUUGGGGCUAUUGAUCGGCUUCCCAGGAGACCCUAAUCCUUUCUGAUUCAUUUGAAUACCUCUAUUCAUCUUGUGAUCCUGCUCACACCUGAGGCGCCAUGUAGCCUAAUGAAAAUAGAUGGCCAUUUUGUUACUGCUGCUCCUCUCGCUUCUUUUGAUGUAUUAUUUUUAAUUGAUAUAUCUGCUUUUGAAUGUGUGCGCCCGAAUUACAAUUGACCCUGUGUCACUGUUGUUUUAUUCCUUGCCUAAGGGACCACGCUGCAUUUAGGACUGUCUUUGUAUGACUCAUAUGACCUGUAAAAUCUACUGCUCAGACAUUUUCUUGAAUGUCCUCGACAUGUCUUUGGAAAAGGUAGUUGUUGUUCAUCUGCUUUAUUGGAUAUUUGGUUAUUUUUCCAUUGCUUAAUACAGCUCUGCUAUUCUUAACUGUAGAUACAUUUUCAAUCCCCAGUUCUUUGACUUUUCUUUCUUUCUAGUUUACCAUUACAUUACAUUCAAAUGUUAAAUGUUCCCAUGUGCAAGGAAAUAACCCUUUUUUGCUACUUAUUUUGUAAUGUUGCCAUGUAAAUCUUGCAAGAAGAUCAAUCUCAUGUAUUGUAUGUUGUAUCUGUUAACUGCUUCUCUUGAGCACAUCUUAAGGCCAACUCUAUUGCAAACCAAUUUCCAAUUGAUUACACCUUUAUGUUCAAUUUUAGCUGUGUUAUCCAGCAGUGAGUUACUGAAACAGCUACAAGGCAUGCAUAACAAGCCUGUUGCCAGAGGCCUUUUGGUUCCAUUUUUUAAACGAGUUGUCUCAUUUAGCCUAAUGAGCCAGCUGAUGGUAUUCUACUGUUUGAUUAGCAUGUGGCUCGGUGUCUCUGUGGGCUCCCUGUGGCCCCUGAGUGUUCCCUGCUCCUCAGCCUGGAGCCUGGAUCCUGGAGCAGCAGAAGGGGAGGGGCCAGGCAGGCAGCCACCCUCCACAGGAUCUCUCCCUCCAGGCUUCAGUCUAGGCCCCAGAGCGCCUGCCCGAUCAGGGCUCCUUGUAAUGAGGGGAGAGAUGGAAGGAUGGACCUCCAUGCAUUAAGACCAUAAUGCAUCAGGGUAUUACUUUUAAUACUGCGGGUGUGCCUCAAGACAUAAUGUGACGUUGA